CAGGAUGGCGGAGAAGGGCAUGGACCCCGCCUGCGUCUCCAUCGCCCUGGAGGACACGGUGUGCCACGCCGGCCCCCCGGACGCCCCCCUGCUCACCACCCACUUGAAGAAGGUGGAGAACCACAUCACAGAGGCCCAGAGGUUUUCCCACCUCCCGAAGCGCUCGGCUGUCAACAUCGAGUUCAUCGACCUGUCCUACUCCGUGCGGGAGGGAUCCUGGUGGAGGAAGAGAGGGUACAAGACUCUCCUCAAAUGCCUGUCAGGGAAGUUCUGCCAGCGGGAGCUGAUUGGGAUCAUGGGCCCCUCGGGAGCUGGGAAAUCCACACUAAUGAACAUCCUGGCUGGCUACAGGGAGACUGGGAUGAAGGGGCAGAUCCUGGUGAACGGGCGGCCGCGGGACCUGCGCACCUUCCGCAAGAUGUCCUGCUACAUCAUGCAGGAUGACAUGCUGCUGCCACACCUCACCGUGCUCGAGGCCAUGAUGGUCUCUGCUAACCUGAAGCUGAGUGAGAAGCAGGAGGUGAAGAAGGAACUGGUGAAUGAGAUCCUGACGGCCCUGGGGCUGCUGGAGUGCUCGUACACCCGCACCAGCUCGCUGUCGGGGGGCCAGCGCAAGCGCCUGGCCAUCGCCCUGGAGCUGGUCAACAACCCGCCCGUCAUGUUCUUCGAUGAGCCCACCAGUGGUCUGGACAGUGCCUCCUGCUUCCAGGUGGUGUCCCUGAUGCGGUCCCUGGCUCAGGGUGGGCGCACCAUCAUCUGCACCAUCCACCAGCCCAGCGCCAAGCUCUUCGAGAUGUUCGACAAGCUCUACAUCCUGAGCCAGGGCCAGUGCAUCUUCAAGGGUGUCGUGACCAACCUCAUCCCCUACCUGAAGGGCCUCGGCCUCCACUGCCCCACAUAUCACAACCCUGCUGAUUUCAUCAUCGAGGUGGCCUCAGGAGAGUACGGGGACCUCAACCCCGUCCUGUUCCGCGCUGUGCAGAACGGGAUGUGCACCAUGGCAGAGAAGAAGAGCAGCCCUGACAAGGCAGAUUCGUCGUGCCCACCGUGUGGGACGGACGUGGAUCACAUUGAGAGCCACACAUUCGCCACCAGCACCUCGACUCAGUUCUGCAUCCUCUUCAAGAGAACCUUUAUCUGCAUCCUGAGGGACACGGUGCUGACCCACCUGCGGUUCAUGUCCCACAUCUGCAUCGGGGUGCUCAUCGGGCUGCUCUACCUGCACAUCGGCAACGACGCGGGCAAGGUCUUCAACAACACCGGCUUCCUCUUCUUCUCCAUGCUCUUCCUCAUGUUUGCUGCCCUCAUGCCCACCAUCCUCACCUUCCCCCAGGAGAUGACCGUGUUCCUGAGGGAGCACUUGAACUACUGGUACAGCCUCAAAGCCUAUUACCUGGCAAAGACCAUGGCAGAUGUGCCCUUCCAGGUGAUCUGCCCCAUUGCCUACUGCAGCAUCGUGUACUGGAUGACGGGCCAGCCCCCCGAGGCCACGCGCUUCCUGCUCUUCUCUGCCCUGGCCACCGCCACCGCCCUGGUGGCCCAGUCCCUCGGGCUUCUCAUCGGAGCUGCUUCCACUUCCCUGCAGGUGGCGACUUUUGUGGGACCCGUCACUGCCAUCCCCGUGCUGCUCUUCUCGGGCUUCUUCGUCAGCUUCAAGACCAUCCCCACCUACCUGCAGUGGAGCUCCUACGUCUCCUAUGUCAGGUAUGGCUUCGAGGGCGUCAUCCUCACCAUCUACGCCAUGGAGCGCGAGGAUCUGGAGUGCCUCGAGGACUUCUGCCCAUUCCAAAAACCCAUCAAGAUCCUGCAGGAGCUGGAUGUGGAGGAGGCCAAGCUCUACCUGGACUUCCUCAUCCUGGGCAUCUUCUUCGUCAUCCUGCGGCUCCUGGCUUACCUGGUGCUCAGGUACAAGGUCAAGUCUGAGAGAUAAAGGGGCCGUGGGGCCCCGGUGCCGCUCCCGGGCCUGGCCUGCUGGGAGAGAUGUUCUGCAGAUGGACACGGCGCUCCUGCAGGUCCCAGACCGUGGUGGAGGCACUGGGAGGUGCCAGCCAGGCCUGGCUCAGUCGAGAAGGGUUUUGAGACAUCUCGGAACUGUUUUAACCUUUCCACACACUCUUCAUUGCAAAACGUUUUGUACAGCCCUGGCAUGUGCCACCCUCCCCCCAGGACCCGCGAGCCCCACGGAGCUUGGGUCCCCUCUCGUUGUCCCUGCUGCCCUGGGGACACCAGGGACAGUCCUGCAGAGGUGGCUUGUGCUGAGCACGAGGAGCCUGCCCCGUGCAGGGGGAGCAGAGGGCUGGGGCUGGGCUGGGCAGGAGGAAAGAGCUGCACAGUUGGAAGCACAGCCCAUGGUCCCACUCCUCAUCCUGGCCAGCAGCGUGAGUCAGUGCUGAGAAGAGCCAUAGGAGAAGUUGCACAAGGCUUUAGUGUUUCCUGUCACCGUAGCCACAGAGAUUGCUGCAUCCCUUUUUCCUUUCUAAGCAAAUCCCCCUUCUUUUUUUCCUUUUGUCUUUAUUUUCCCCCUUGUUUUUUUUUUUGUUUUUUGUUUUUUUUUGGUUUUUUUUUGUUUUUUUUUUUUGUUUUCCCCCACAAACCCCACUGCAUCCCAGUCUUCAUGAAGGGGAAAAGGAGCCAGCAGGCAGAGAAGGACUGGGGGCUCUGUCUCAGACUCCUGCUGGGACACCAUCCUCAGAGCUGGGAUCUUCAAACCAGGGUCUGUGGGAGCAGGACAGUGUUCUCAGACCCUAGGGAGGCUCACAUUCAGUCCCUGUUGUCUCUGGGGUCAGAGACAAGAGGGUCUGAACCAAAUCAACCAACACUGAGAGAAGUGACUGUUCCCUUGCACGGAGCAAGGGGGAUUCAGGUUCCCACACCCUGCCAGUUCCAGGAGGCUGAAGAGCAGGGCUGGGCUGGGCUGUGUCAUCACUGGAGCCUCUGCUGCAGGAGCAGAGCUGGCCCUGAGCCCUUCCCUGCAGCCUCUCUUCCCCAGCACCAGCAGGGCUGUCUCAGCAGGACAGGGCGGACGAGCCUCGCUCAGCACCGACUGUGCAAGGAGGGGAUGCCAAGGACACCCAGCCUGUCACAGUGCCAGCCCCCAGGGUGACACUGUGCAGAAGGGGGUCCCAGCGGUGUCUGAACUGGAAUCCAGGUGAGAUCCCAGACUGGUUUGUUUGCAGUGGGCAGCCUGGACACUGGGAAGGCUUUUGCACUUUGUGACUGGUGGAGGAAAAGGUCCCAUUUGGCACGUGGCUCGGGUGGCUGCUCCAAAGUCGCACACCUUGCAGAGGGAAGGCAACUCAGCACCUUGCUGGCUCUCCAGAGGAACUGAGCUGAGCCCAGAGCUGGUGGGGCAUCUGCACAUGCUGCUGUGCUGGGAACACAGCGCCCUGCUUGCCUGCACAGCACAGGCUCCGUGGGAGUGCUGCCACUGCUGGCACCGGGCUGCACUGUCACCCACAGACACGGGAGCCCAAAGGGUUUUGGUGAGCACAGAGGGGGAGGCAGCCCUGCCCCACCCUGGCAGGCUGGCCCUGGUUCAGGUCAGCCUGGAGCAUCCUGCUCCUGGCACUUGGAGCAGCAGGGAUUGCAGGGCAAGUGCCAGAUUGCAGCAGAGGAAUUCCUGGAGGCCGCUCUUUGGUUUUGCUGGCUUGGGUUGGGGCUGCACAGCAGAGCCUGGCUGGGCUGGCCCUGCUGCUGGGCACUGAGUUUGCUCUGCCUGGAGAGCAAAUAUUUGGCCAUGGGGCCCUCUGGCACAGAGGGCUGGAGGCAGGACACACCCUGCUGCCCUUUCCAUGCUGAGCAUCGGGGUUUUCCCCAGGUUGUUGUCUGACUUCUCACUAUCACAAAACUCCCCUCUGCUCCUGGACCAUCCCCCAGUGCCGUGCUCUGCAGUGGAGCUGUGCCAGCUGGAGUGGAGGGCUGCAGUGCUGCCAGCCACAGCCACAGGGGCACGGGGGAGUGGGGGACAGUCGCUGUGCCUGCUCUGUCACGGGGUGCACGGAUGGGCAGGGAGCUGGGGGAUGUGGGGCUGUCACCCUUCUCCAUCUCCUUGUCCCUGCAGCUGAUGGGGCUGAUGCUCUGCGUCUGUCCUGCUCUUGGGCGGGGACUAGUUGAGCCUGGCCCAGCACAGAGCAUGGCUGGGCUGAGGUUUUUCCCUGGGUGGAUCCAGAUGCAGGAGGUGCCAGUGGGGCAGCUUUGCACAGCUCCUGCUCCCUCCCUGGCAUUUGGGGCUCUUGUGAGGGGUCCUGUCCUCUGCACCCUGGAGGUGCUGCUGUCCCCAGCACACCUGGACACCCCUGUGCCACCACAGCCAGGGCCACCACUGCUCCCAGGAGGACCCAGACAAGAUGGACUAGUGUGUGGAGCAAAGGGGCUACCAGCUGGCACCAGUGACUGCCACUGCCCGUGUCCCCCACACACAGGGAAGGGUUUGUUGACCAGGCUCUGCUGCCUGCAGAGAAAUGCUGUGGAACAGGCUUGGAGCACCCUGCCAGGGCAGGUGGUUCCCAGUGCCUGGGAUGCACUGGAUGCACUGAUAGCACCCCAGAGUGCCCAGGAGGGCUCAGCACAGCCUGUGCCCAUCAGAUGCAGUGUCCUAGCUGAGCAGGUAUGUGGCCACUGCGGGGCAGAGGGCCAGGACAAACCCUGGAGCUGCAGGAUGGCUGUGCCUGAGCUGGGCAAGGGCUCUGGGGAGUGGGGGUGAUGGGGCUCCUCCCCGAGGCAGCAGGACACAAAUGAAUGUUUGUCUAAAGGGGCUGAUGGGUGAGGGAUGUGGCACAGGGCAAAGACCCCCUCAGUGCUGCCUGAGGAGCUGAGCCAAGGUGCCACUGUCCCUUCCCUCCCUUCAAGGACAGUCCCAGAGGUGGUGGGAGGUGCAGGGACAUGCAAGGAGAAGGAGCACGUUUGCACUGAGCACCCUGGGGUUUAUUGCCUGGGUGGUCCCUGCAGGAGCAGGGCAGGAGGGGUUUUCUCUGCCCAGGCACGGCACAGGGACGGGGUGCAGCCAUCCUGCUCCAGGGGCCCUUAGGGAAGCAGCAAGGAUGCACUUUAUCAGAGCAGGGAAGCAGAGCUGUGAGUGCUUCUGGCUGCAGGAAUCCCACGAGAGAACGUGGCUGGAUAAUCAGGAGGAGCGUGAUGGAGGAGAGCAGGAUUCUCCCCCCACACCUCCUCUCCUGCCCCUGCCUUCCCUUGUGAUGCACUUUGAGUGGAUGAGGGUGGGGUUCAAGCUGUGGCUCUGGCUCCCUGGGAACACCAGGUGAGCCUCAACCCACCAAAAACUGCUUCAGCCCUCAGGCCCAUGGCUGGGUCAGGUCCUGCCUCUCAUGAGAGAUGGCAGGCAGGGCUGUGGCCAUCACCCCCAUGCAUGUCCAGGCCACCUUUGGCACACGCACAAGAAGAGCAAACGCUUCAUCACCUGGCUGGGGUUUGCUGGAGGGGAGACUGGGCUAGAACAGGGAGGGAUGGGGCUUCUCCCAGGGUGUCACCCCUCUCCCAAAUCAGGCAAUAAAACAGUGUUUCCUUCUCACUGUGUGUGGACACCAUUUGUCCUGCCCCUCUGCCGUGGGCAGCCUGGAUCUCUGUGUGUCCCUGCCACGCUGGACCCCGUGGUUUCCCAGCUCUCCACACGUGCAGAGCAGGCUGGGCAUUGGGGGGCACGAGAGAGAAGUGCAGCCACUGAAACUCACAUUCCCACCAGAGCACAGGUGUGAGCCCCUUUCUCCCUGUGACAGCUUGCCAAAAUGAGAUGCAGGUGACAGCUCAAAGGCUGAGGGAGACUGCUGGCACAGCUCUGUCGUGGGUGGCAUUUGCCCAAAUCUUUCUGCCUUGCUGGAGGAGGCUGUGGAGCAGGAGCAGGGCGCUGCUGCCCACAGGUGCAGCCUGGCAGGAACCAGGCAGGUGGAGGUGAGGCCCUGGGCUCUCAGGGGGCUGCACAAGCAGGUAAGUGCCCCGCAGGGACGGGGUGCCAGGUCCAGCUUGCUGCUGGCGCUCACCAGCGCCCAGAGGGUCCCGGGAGCUGUUGGGCAGGAGGAGCUGUUGUGGUUUGUGUCGGUGUUUCCGAGAUGCCAGCUGUACUUGUUGGGUUUCACACAUCAAUAAAACUUAUAUUUA